GCCGUGAAAAUCACUUCAGCCCACUGAGGAACAUCGCGGACACGGCGGUGGUGGUGGUGGUGGUGGAUGAAGACGAUGACGACGAUGGACACGAGCGAGGAGAUCCACGCAAGGUAGCGUCCGAGAAGACAGCUGAGCGGUUUUAGUGGAGGAUGGAUCUCAGCCGGCUCCGGAACAUCAUCAGCAGAUAUUGCGCAGGGGAAGAGAACUGGGUCGACAGUCGGACGGUGUACAUCGGCCAUAAAGAACCCCCUCCGGGAGCUGAGGCCUACAUCCCUCAGCGUUACCCUGACAACCGCAUCGUCUCCUCAAAGUAUACCUCCUGGAACUUCAUCCCCAAGAACUUGUUUGAACAGUUCCGAAGAAUUGCCAAUUUCUACUUUUUGGUCAUAUUUCUGGUCCAGCUCAUCAUCGACACCCCUACCAGCCCCGUCACCAGCGGCCUGCCCCUCUUCUUUGUUAUCACCGUCACUGCCAUCAAACAGGGCUACGAGGACUGGUUGCGCCACAGAGCCGACUGCUCCAUAAACGAGUGUCCCGUGGACGUGGUGCAGCGGGGGAAGGUGGCGAGGACGCAGAGUCAAGAGUUGAGGGUGGGCGACAUCGUGGUGGUGAGGGAGGAUGAGACGUUCCCAUGUGACCUCAUCCUGCUCUCCUCCAGCCGACAGGAUGGCACCUGCUACGUCACCACCACCAGCCUGGAUGGAGAGUCCAGUCACAAGACCUAUUACGCCAUACCAGAUACCAUGGCCUUUAGGACCGAGCGGGAGGUAGAUUCCUUACAUGCCACCAUCGAAUGUGAACAACCACAGCCUGACCUCUACAAAUUUGUGGGACGCAUCCAUAUUUAUAAGGACAAAGAUGAACCUGUCGCGAGACCCCUCGGGGCUGAGAACUUGCUACUCCGAGGAGCCACACUGAAGAAUACGCAGCAUAUUUACGCUGUUGCAAUCUACACCGGCAUGGAGACCAAGAUGGCACUCAAUUACCAGUCUAAAUCACAGAAGCGCUCGGCUGUGGAAAAGUCCAUGAAUGCCUUUCUGAUUGUUUACCUGUGCAUCUUGAUCAGUAAAGCCGUCAUCAACACUGUUCUUAAGUACGCCUGGCAGUGGUCUCCGGACCGGGACGAGCCGUGGUACAACCACAGGACGGAGAACGAGAGGCAACGACACGUGGUGAUCCGAGCUUUCACAGACUUCCUGGCCUUCACCGUCUUGUUCAAUUACAUCAUUCCCGUGUCCAUGUACGUCACGGUUGAGAUGCAGAAAUUCCUGGGCUCCUACUUCAUCACCUGGGACGAGGAGAUGUUUGAUGAGGAGCUGGGGGAAGGCGCUCAGGUCAACACCUCUGACUUGAACGAGGAGCUGGGGCAGGUGGAGUAUGUUUUUACUGAUAAGACGGGGACUCUGACAGAAAACAACAUGGAGUUUAUCGAAUGCUGCGUAGAUGGGAACGUCUACAUCCCGCACGCCAUCUGCAACGGUCAAAUCCUUAGCGCUGCCUCCAGCAUAGACAUGAUAGAUUCCUCACCUGGAGGAUACCGCAGGGAGCACGAGGACCUGUUCUUCCGGGCCCUGUGUCUGUGUCACACGGUGCAAGUGAAGGAGGAGGAGACCGUGGACGGCAUCAAGAGGGGCAUCCACCAGGGCCGACCCACAUCCUUCUACAUUUCUUCCUCGCCAGAUGAAGUUGCGUUGGUGGAGGGAAUGAAAAGGCUGGGCUACACAUACCUGAGACUGAAGGACAACUACAUGGAGAUCCUGAACAAAGACGAUGAAAUUGAAAGGUUUGAGCUGCUUCAUGUGCUCAACUUUGACUCUGUAAGGAGGAGAAUGAGCGUCAUUGUCAGAGCGAGCUCAGGAGAAUACCUGCUCUUCUGCAAGGGGGCUGACUCUGCCAUUUUUCCCUUGGUGGUGUCUGGGAAGUUGGAGCAGGUGAAGGCCCGGGUGGAGCAGAACGCUGUGGAAGGCCUGCGGACCCUGUGCGUGGCCUACAAGAAGCUGUCGGAGGUGGAGUACCGGGAGGCGUGUCGGCACUUGACGGAAGCCAAGCUGGCCCUGCAGGACAGGGAGCAAAGGCUGGCUGAAGCCUACGACGUCAUCGAAAGAGACUUUGUACUUCUGGGUGCCACGGCUGUGGAGGACAGGCUCCAGGAGAAGGCGGCCGAUACCAUCGAGUCGCUGCACAAGGCUGGAAUAAAAGUUUGGGUCCUGACGGGGGACAAGAUGGAGACGGCGGCGGCCACCUGCUACGCCAGCAAGCUCUUUCGCCGCAGCACUCAGAUCCUGGAGCUGACCAAGAAGCGCACAGAGGAGCAGAGCCUCCAUGAUGUUCUGUUUGAGCUGAAUAGGACUGUUCUCAGGCAACGAUCCAUUUCUGGGUUGUCUGUCGACUGCCUCGACUUUGGUCUUAUCAUCGACGGAGCCACGCUGUCGGCGGUCCUCAAGCCCAAGCAGGAAGUCGCCGGCCAUGGCAACUACCGAGAGAUCUUCCUGGAGAUCUGUCGCAAUUGUAGCGCCGUGCUCUGUUGUCGCAUGGCGCCACUGCAGAAGGCACAGAUCGUCAAGCUGAUCAAGGCCUCCAAGGAGCACCCCAUAACUCUCGCUGUCGGCGACGGAGCCAAUGAUGUCAGCAUGAUUUUAGAAGCACAUGUGGGCAUUGGGAUUAUGGGUAAGGAAGGUCGCCAGGCAGCGAGGAACAGUGACUACGCCAUCCCAAAGUUCAAACAUCUGAAGAAAAUGCUUCUGGUUCACGGUCAUUACUACUACAUACGCAUCGCUGAGCUGGUUCAGUACUUCUUCUACAAGAAUGUAUGUUUCAUCUUCCCCCAGUUCCUGUAUCAGUUCUUCUGCGGCUUCUCCCAGCAGCCUCUGUACGAUACGGCCUACUUGACCCUGUACAACAUCAGCUUCACGUCACUGCCCAUCCUCCUCUACAGCCUGGUGGAGCAGCACGUCACCGUGGAGACGCUCAAACGGGAACCCUCCUUGUACAGGGAUAUUGCCAAAAACUCUCUCCUCCGAUGGCCAGUCUUCCUGUACUGGACAUGCUUGGGCGUGUUUGAUGCCGUCAUCUUCUUUUUUGGUGCCUACUUCCUGUUUGACAACACCACUUUCACCAGCAAUGGCCAGCUUAUGACCACCAACACACAGAUGAUGUUUGGCAACUGGACCUUCGGGACUCUGGUCUUUACUGUGCUGGUGUUCACCGUUACCCUCAAGCUUGCCUUGGACACGCGCCACUGGACCUGGAUCAAUCACUUUGUCAUCUGGGGCUCGCUACUUUUCUACGUGAUUUUCUCCCUCCUCUGGGGAGGCAUCAUUUGGCCCUUCCUCAACUACCAGAGGAUGUAUUAUGUCUUCAUGCAAAUGCUGUCCAGCGGUCCUGCCUGGCUCAGUAUCAUCCUGCUCAUUACGGUCAGCCUGCUACCUGAUGUCAUCAAGAAGGUCCUCUGCAGGGCCAUGUGCCCAACAGCCACUGAGCGUGCUCAGGAUCACGACGUGUUGGCGCGGGACGUCGCGGCUGCCCAGCUGGCCCCUGGCCAAUCCUACAAAGGCGCGAGCACGGCCCGCUCCUCUCCGCUCCAGUUCGCCGGCGUGGAGACGCUGUCGCUCCGCAGAACCGACCCCCUUCCCCGAAAACUUUUAGCUCAUUUGGCUGAAGGGGGUAGAGCGGAAUUGCGCUCGUGCAUGCUCCGGCUCUCCGGGGCGGGCAUCGCAUACUACGCUCCGGGACCAGAAACGUCCGUGUAAACUCUGGCGUGGAGCGAUGCAUCUCGGGAGUCUGCGGUCUUCUCAAGGGUGAGGAUUUAUACGAUAAAGAGUUCACCACGUGCACUUCUGGGCAAGUGAGCACCCUUUUACGUAAUACGGACCCUACAUCUUUCCUUUUCUUGACGUCUUCUCAUCAACACACUGAGAAGAUACCUGUUUGUACAAUUCUUCUUCAAAUCUUGCCUGUUCCUUCUUGUUUAUGUACUUUUUUUGCAAGUGUUUGUUACAAAAGAUAUAUAUCUAUAUAUGUACAUACAUAUAUACAGUAUAUAUGUGGUCUGGCCAAGUAUGGGCAGCCACGAAGCUCAGCCCUUUAGGUGUGUGAGAGUGUGUGUGUGUGAAUGCGUGCCUGCGUGCAUGAAGAUGCCUGCACUGUAUGUUUUGUAUGUGACACACCUUUGCCUUACAUGUUAACCACACAGCAGCAGACUGGGAGCCAAAGGUGUACAAGUGGUGUAUUACAAAGCCUUACACAAACCGCCACCUCCAUCCUAUUACAAAAAAAGGGACAAAAUCCAAGAAAUGGUUGUGCAGAAGUCCUGCCUCCCUGCCUUAAUCCAUUCAUUCAUGCCUGCUGUCUGAUGUGGCGUGAGGACACUCCACGUCCAUUAGUCCGUCUCAACUGUCUCCUCUUUGCAUGUCUCAACUCUUUGCAUGGUGCUGUGUUCCUCGGACCUCCUUGAUCCCUCACCUUUAUUUCAUUUUAUGCUACCUGCUCUUGGAACGAGUAUUAGGGCCAUACUAACAUAGGCUAAGAAAUAUAUUAACACUAGCAGAGCAAAGCGUCUCAAAGGGCUGCACAAGCCACAGCGACAUCAGACAUCCUUUAAUUGUGCAAGAGGAAACAAAUUUGUAGAAAUGUCACAAGAAAAACUUGAAAUAGAGACAUAAUCAUCAAAACCUCAGAAUUUUAUGAGAAAAAUGUUGUCUUGUUUGGAAAAUAUAUGUACUAAUAUCGCAUUAACAUUUUUGUAAUUUCUGAGAAUAAAGUCGUCAAAUUAUGGAAAAAAGUUUCAAUUAAAAUUAAGAGGUAAUAUUUUGUAUUAUUGUUACGGGAAUUAAGGAAAACUGUGAGAAAUAUAUUUUGUUCUGAAUACGUUUGUGAUAACUGAAAAAUGUGUGGGGUUUUAUUCUAGUCGAGAGACAAAACAUUUAAUUUAGUAAAUAUGAGAUAAGAGUUGUAUAAUGACAAGAAGUGAUUUUUUUUUUGUGAAAAAUAAUUGUGAGAAUAACUUUGUGAUAUUAAACUUGUAAUGAAUAUCACAAGACAAACCAUUAUUUUUACAAGAAUAAAGUCCAAAUGUUAAGAAAGUAAAAUUUUAUUUUCAUGAAAAUGAUUUUGUUUAAUGAAUAUAUGUAAGUGUCAUCAUUUAUUUUUGGUUAUGAUAUCUCAAGAUGUUUUGUUUUUUUAAAUUUUAUGAGGUAAAUAUUGUGAUGCUAAAAAAAAUUAAGACGCAAAAAUUUCAUGAGCUAAUUAAAAAAAUUAUAUGCAACAUUAUUUCUGUAACAUUAGGACUGUUUUGAUGUAACAUACUAUUCUCACAAUAUUAUGUCUUUAAAAACUGCUACAUUUUAAUUUUUUCUCGUCAGCUUUAGAAUAUCUUUUUUUGCAUGAUUACAACAUUUAUCUCGUAAUGCAUUUCUACAUUUCUCUGGUAAUGUUACAAUAGUUUUCUCUUUAGCUUCAGACUUUUUGCGUGAAACAGUACGUUGUUUUUUUCCGUAAGCUUUAAAUAUUUUCCAUAAAACAUCACAAUAUUUUACUCAUAAACUAUUUUUGUCAUAAAGUUACAACUUUUUUCUUGUAAACUUGAUACUUUUUCCACAAAAUAUAGUUUUCUCACAACGUUCCAAUUUUUUCUUGUAGACUUUUUUCCCCACUUUAUAUUACAUCAGCUCACUUGAAACGUUACAGAUUUAAUUCGUAAGCUUUUUUUUCCACGUAACAUUAAAACAUUUCUCUGUUAACAAUACAACUUUUUUCUCGUUAGCCUUUAGACUUUUUGUAUGUACAAUUACAACUCUUUCUCGUAAACUUUAGUCUUUUUCUGUGUAAUAUUACAAAAUGUUUCUUGUAAAAUACAAAAUGUUUCUCUUAACACUAAAACUUUUUAUCGUAUGCGUUAGAAUUUUUCCAUGCAAGCUCAAAAAAAAAACACAAAACUGUCCCAAUUUUUGGAGUUUAAGUCUUUAGACUUUUUUGUACGUAUCAUAACAUUUUCUCGUAACAUUUCAACUUUUUUAUGUCUAAGCUUUGGACUUUUUCCACGUAACAUGACCUUUUUUUCGUAAAAUUUCAACUUUUUUUUGCUUAAGCUUUAGUAUUUUUUCUCGUAUGCUUUAAAGUUUGUCCACGAAAAAUGCCAAAAGGUCUCUUGUGAAAUUACUUCAUUUUUUUCCACAACUUCAGAACCUUUUUGCUUGUAUUUGUUUGACUUUAUCCACAAUCAAAAACAUUUGGAGCUAUCCCAAUUUUCUUAUCGUCUGUUAUAGACUUUUUCCACGUAACAUACAUUUUUUUUGUAACAUUUCAACUUUUCUGGCCAAGCUUUAGACUUUUUCCACAGCCAACUUUUCAAGUUUUUUCCAUGAAACAUUACAACAUUUACAACAUCUUGUAAUUUUGAAUAGUUUUCCAUUGUGGCCCUAAUACUCUUUUGUAGCGGGUAAGUUACACUGGCUCCAGUCUUUUACGUACAGGUGAUUUUGUCAAUGUUAUGCAAAAGGAACGCCAAUCGCGUGUUCUUUCUCUUCCCCCCGUCUUGAUGUCACUACCGAUGGAUGGAUGUAACUUUACGGUUGAUGGGGCGUAUUGUACUUUGCAGAAAGACUUGAAUAGGCGACGUCACAAUCAAUCAAUCAAUAGAAUGUCAAACACAUGUGUCCGCCAUGUCCUCCAGCUGACGAUUGUAGCUCAUGUAAGGAUAUCUUUUCUUCUAUACAGUUUAUUUUCAUACGCAUAACCACCAUCUGCCAACGGGUAUAGAUUUCAUACAAAAAACAAAUUAGACUCAAGCUUGCGCUCAGACA